AUGGCCUCAACGCGGCGAACGGCACUUCCACUCGUAUACGCCGUCCUUCGUGCUCCAACACUUCUACUUCGUCCAACGCUUAGCAACACAACACAGGCCACGAUGAGCGGUGCAGCAACGACGCAGUUCUCGUUGCCGUUUCGAAUGUUCGGCACACGCAACACGGCUGAUGAUGCUCACGCUUUGUGUCUUUACCCUUUGCGACUGGCAACUCUCGACGUGUCGUCGUUUCUUUCGAUCAACUUGCAACGUCCACUCUCGAUACGUGAUCGUCCUUUGAUGACGAUGAUCUCCGACCCGCCAGUUCCCUACCGACAGGAUCUCCCUCCCUCCGGAGGCUACCAGCCCAUCCGAUACAAGCGCAACCUGCCCGGCAAGAACCUUUCGGGUCUCACCAUCUUUGGCGGUGUGAUUGCCAUCUGCGCAUACGGAUUCUACAAGGUCGGCCAGGGCAACCUCGAGCAACGAGAGCUCAAGAGGGAGCGUGCGUGGUCGCGAAUCCACCUGAUCCCUCUGCUCAUGGCCGAGUCCGACAGGGAUGCUUUCCGACGAAGCGAGGCCCAGCUGGCACGAGAGAAGGAGAUCAUGAAGGACGUGCCCGGCUGGGAGGCAGGCAAGUCGGUCUACAACACCAAGCGCUACACCCCUCCCAACUUUGUUGUCCUCUAG